AACACACCAAACGACCUUCAGCUUCUCUCAGAUGCGCCAGCMCAUCACAUUUUCUGUCUUCUUGGUCCAGUUGACCCAGCAAUGAAGACACUACCCGAGGUUUACUGCGUUCUGCAGGUUGCACUUGARGGAGAAAUCUCCAAAGCCACAAUAAUGAAUAGCUUGUCAAGUGGUAAACGAGCCGCUGGGGAUCUCAUUCCGUGGACAGUCUCACAACAGUUCAACGACCAUGAGUUUGGGAGUCUAUCAGGUGGUAGAGUAGUCCGCAUUGCAACUCAUCCCGACUACCAAAGGAUGGGUUAUGGACGUCGAGCCAUGCAACAGUUGAUUCAGUACUACGAGGGAAAGAUCCCYAGCCUGUUUGAAAAUGGCCGAGAGAAGAAUGACGAGAUCAGUGCUCUAAAUGAUGAUGAGGAUGUAGGUCUCUUAGAAGAAGCUAUUAGUCCUCGCGCCAAUCUUCCUCCGUUGCUUUUAAAACUGAGCGAGCGACAAGCUGAGAGACUGGACUAUAUUGGUGUUUCGUAUGGUUUGACCACAAACUUAUUGAAAUUUUGGAAAAAGAGCGGUUUUGCUCCCGUUUAUUUAAGACAAACACCUAACGAAUUGACAGGCGAGCAUUCCUGUAUCAUGCUGCGCAUGCUCAAUGAAGCUGAAGUUAGCACGAACGAAGACUGGUUACAAGCGUACUGGCAAGAUUUUCGUCGGCGUUUUUUGUAUCUUCUAUCCUAUCAGUUCAGCUCGUUCCAUCCAACGCUAUCUCUUAGUAUCUUGCAACAGAAAUCCAUGAAGUUAAAGAAAGAGGCAAUCACUAAGUCUGAAUUAGAAUACUCAGUGACAAAGUACGACAUCAAAAGACUUGAUCUUUACUCCAGAAACAUGGUUGACCAUCACUUAAUUACAGAUCUCCUACCUGAAGUUGCCCGAUUAUUCUUCAUGGACAAGUUGGACUUUUCCUUGUCAGCAAUACAAUCGGCUAUUUUACUAGGUGUUGGUCUACAGCACAAAACAUUCGACGACUUAGGGAAAGAUCUAGAGCUUCCAGUCAGUCAGUUACUUGGUCUGUUUAAUCGCAUUAUCCGUAAAGUCGUUCAGUGCUUUAAUACGGUUUUGGAGGCAGCCAUUGAAGAUGAGAUCGUGAAACAUAAGAAAGUGACGAUGGAACCCUUGGCGAAGACAUUGACUCAAGAUYUGGACGAGGCAGCGGACGAAAUGGAAGCAAAACAGAAAAAGGAACUGGAACAGUUAAAAGCCCUGGAUUUAGGAAAGUAUGCKAUAUCUGGWAAAGAGGACGAAUGGAGUCAAGCACUAGGGGGUAAAGGAAAACAUCAAUCAAUCGUUAGCAUUGCGAGCAGCAAAAGAAAAUCACAGGCGACAGAGGAAGGGACGAAAUCUAGCAAGAAGUCAAAGAAGUCCAAGAAGCAUAAGAAAUGA